AUGCCGGGCGGCGCCGAGGCGGGGGAGGCGGAGGAGGAGGCCGGGGCCGGCUCGGGGUCCGAGGCGGAGGAGGACGCCCUGUGGGAGCGGAUCGAGGGCGUCCGGCACCGGCUGACGCGCGCCCUGAACCCGGCCAAGCUCACGCCGUACCUGCGCCAGUGCCGGGUCAUCGACGAGCAGGACGAGGAGGAGGUGCUGAGCACCUACCGCUUCCCGUGCCGCGCCAACCGCACGGGGCGCCUCAUGGACAUCCUGCGCUGCCGCGGGAAGCGGGGCUACGAAGCCUUCCUGGAAGCCCUGGAGUUCUACUACCCCGAGCACUUCACCCUGCUCACCGGCCAGGAGCCCGCCCAGCGCUGCUCCAUGAUCCUGGACGAGGAGGGCCCCGAGGGCCUGACCCAGUUCCUGAUGACGGAGGUGCGGCGGCUGCGGGAGGCUCGGAAGAGCCAGCUGCAGCGGGAGCAGCAGCUGCAGGCUCGAGGCCGGCUGCUGGAGGAGGAGCGGGCGGGCCUGGAGCAGCGGCUGCAGGAGCAGCAGCAGGCGCAGGAGCGCUGCCAGCGGCUGCGGGAGGACUGGGAGGUGGGCAGCCUGGAGCUGCUGCGGCUCAAGGAUGAGAACUACAUGAUCGCCAUGCGCCUGGCCCAGCUCAGCGAGGAGAAGAACUCCGCCGUCCUGCGCAGCCGCGACUUGCAGCUGGCGGUGGACCAGCUGCAGCUGAAGGUGAGCCGGCUGGAGGGAGAGUGUGCCCUGCUCUGCAGGACCAGGGGGCCACCCCCCGGGGCCGAGGAGAAGGAGAGGGAGAAGGAGAAGGAGCCGGACGGUGUGGACCUGGUCUCUGAGCUGCGAGCAGAGAACCAGCGGCUGACGGCGUCCCUGAAGGAGCUGCAGGAGGGUCGGCAGCAGGAGGCAAGCCGUCCGGGGGCCCCGGGCUCGGAGCGCAUCCUCUUGGACAUUCUGGAGCAUGACUGGCGGGAGGCGCAGGACAGCAGGCAGGAGCUGUGCCAGAAGCUGCACACGGUGCAGGGGGAGCUGCAGUGGGCCGAGGAGCUCCGGGACAAGUACCUGCAGGAGAUGGAGGACCUGCGGCUGAAGCACCGCACGCUGCAGAAGGACUGCGACCUGUACAAGCACCGCAUGGCCACCGUGCUGGCCCAGCUGGAGGAGAUUGAGAAGGAGCGGGACCAGGCCAUCCAGAGCCGCGACCACAUCCAGCUGCAGUACUCGCAGAGCCUCAUCGAGAAGGACCAGUACCGCAAGCAGGUGCGGAGCCUGGAGGCCGAGCGGGACGAGCUGCUGACCACGCUCACCGGCCUGGAGGGCACCAAGGCCCUGCUGGAGGCGCAGCUGCAGCGGGCCCAGGGCGGGCCCUGCCUCAAGGCCUGCACCUCCUCUCAUUCCCUGUGCUCCAACCUCAGCAGCACCUGGAGCCUGAGCGAGUUCCCCUCCCCGCUGGGAGGCCCAGAGGUCGUUGGGGAGGCCUCUGUCCUGGGGGGCUCCGAGCCCCACAUCUCGGAGGAGGCCACAGACAACGAGAAAGAGAUCAACCGGCUGUCCAUCCUGCCCUUCCCUCCCAGCGCAGGCUCCAUCCUCCGCCGGCAGCGUGAGGAGGACCCUGCACCUGCUAAGAGGUCCUUCAGCAGCAUGUCAGACAUCACAGGUAGCGUCACGCUUAAGCCCUGGUCCCCCGGCCUCUCCUCCUCCUCCUCCUCCGACAGCGUGUGGCCUCUGGGGAAGCCGGACGGUCUCCUGGCCAGAGGCUGCGGCCUGGAUCUCCUCAACAGGUCUCUGGCCAUACAGGUGUCUGGCCGGAGCCCCCCGGGGGGACCCGAACCCCAGGACAGGGGUCCAGAUGGCCUGCCUUUCCUUGGGGACAGCUGCUCCGGGAUGGUGGUGCGGAGGGUGCUCUCUGGGCCUGGGUCUGCCAGGGUGGAACUGAGAGAGCCCAGGGCGGAGGCUGCGGGCCUGGAGGGGGCCGGCCUGGAGGGCGAGGCCCAGCGGAGGACCCUGACCUGGAACCAGGUGUCCACGCUGCCGUUCCUGAUGGAUUCUAAGGCUGCCCAGUCCUUCCACGAGGCCCUGGACGCCUGGGUGAAGGGGCUGGGCGCCGAGCCCUUCUACAUGCGAGCCCACCUCACUCUGCCCGAGCGGGCGGACCCCCACGCCCUGUGCGUGAAGGCCCAGGAGAUCCUGCGGCUGGUGGACCCCGCGUACAAGCGGCGGCAGGAGUGGCUCUGCGCGCGGGUCGACCCCCUCACGCUGCGCGACCUGGACCGGGGCACCGUGCCCACUUACCAGAGAGCCCAGCAGCUCCUGGAAGUUCAGGAGAAAUGCCUGCCCUCCAGCCGGCCCCGCGGGCCCCGCAGCAACCUGAAGAAGCGAGCGCUGGACCAGCUGCGGCUGGUGAAGCCCAAGCACGCCGGGGGCCCUGCUGGGGACUCCCCGGAGCAGCUGCUGCCAGAGCCCUGCUCAGAUCCAGAGUGGAGCCUCAAACCCUACAGCGUGGUGCGGCCGCUGCUGGUGCCCUCCCUGCGGCCCGUGGUGCUCUUGCCGGAGUGCCUGGCACCUCGGCUCAUCCGCAACCUGCUAGACCUGCCCAACUCCCGGCUGGACUUCCAAGUGUGCCCAGCGGAAAGCCUGUCUGGGGAGGAACAGUGCGCCCCCUCCGCUCCCGGAGCCCCCAAGGCCUGGCCUGCCACCCCCGGGCUGGGCAGUAGGAUCCGUGCCAUCCAGGAGUCUGUCGGGAAGAAGCACUGCCUGCUGGAGCUGGGCGCACGGGGCGUGCGGGAGCUGGUCCAGAAUGAGAUCUACCCCAUCGUCAUCCACGUGGAGGUGACCGAGAAGAACGUCCGGGAAGUCAGGGGCCUGCUGGGCCGGCCGGGCUGGCGGGACUCGGAGCUGCUCCGGCAAUGCCGCAGCGCGGAGCAGGUGCUCUGGGGGCUGCCCUGCUCCUGGGUGCAGGUGCCCGCCCACGCCUGGGCCCACUCGGAGGAGCUGGCCAAGGUCGUCCGCGGGCGCAUCCUGCAGGAGCAGGCCCGCCUCGUGUGGGUGGAGCGAGGCAGCAGCCGGGGCAGCAGCAGCAGCAGCAGCGAGGCCUGA